GCUUGGAAGAUACAGAAUGUCGCAUCAGACAGGAAUACGUGCCAACGAUGUCCUCAAGAAGUUUUUUGGGAAAUGCCGUGACGGAAAUGUACGUGUAUUUAAAGUAUCCAUCCUAAAUGAGGAACUUGCCUUGUCUUCAUUCAAGGAAGCUUGUGGUACCUGGGAAGAAGAUUAUGACAGUUUGGUAACACCUUUAAUUGAAGACGAACAGCCUUCGUACAUCUUAUACAGAUUAGAUUCCAAGAAUACAUCAGGGUAUGAAUGGCUGCUGAUUAGUUGGUCACCAGAUAAUUCUGCUGUACGACAGAAGAUGUUGUAUGCAUCAACAAAAGCAACAUUGAAACAGGAAUUUGGAAGUGGGCAAAUAAAAGAAGAGCUUCAUGCAACUACACCUGAUGAUGUUACUUUGAGUGGUUUUCGCCGGCAUAAACGAGCUGCUGGAGCACCAGCACCUCUUACUUCAGCAGAAGAAGAGCUUGCUGAAUUGCGACGCAGUGAAGUCGGUGUUGGAGUUAGUAUUGAUUCCAGACAGACUCUCUCUGGUGUGGCAUUUCCCCUGACUGAUAAUGCAUGGAAAGCAAUAGAAGGAUUGGCUGCUCAGAAGUAUGAUUAUGUCCAGCUGAGGAUAGAUCUAAAUGAAGAAAAAAUCCAUCUAGCAGAUGCUGGAAAUGUCAGCAUUGAUAAGCUGUCACAGAAGAUUCCAUUGGAUUGUGCCCGGUAUCAUCUGUACAACUUUAAGCAUACUCAUGAAGGAGACUACUUAGAAACUGUUGUGUUUAUCUACUCCAUGCCUGGCUAUUCAUGUUCAAUCAAAGAACGAAUGCUGUAUUCAAGUUGCAAAGCACCUCUUCUAGAUUCUAUUGAAACACAAAUUGGCCUACCAAUCAUUAAGAAGUUGGAAAUCGACUGUGGUGAAGAGCUAACAGAAGCAUUUCUUCAAGAUGAAAUUCAUCCGAAAAAGAACCUACACCGUCCUAAAUUUGCAAAACCUAAAGGACCACCAAACCGAGGAGCCAAACGCCUGACAAGACCCCAGGAAAGUACAGGAAAUGUAUAACAAACUAGUCAGUAAUAAGUGAAUGUUUUAAGUAAGAAGAAGAAAUAAAUAAAA